UUUUCUGCUUUGCAUGCUGGGAUGACAGUCUCACCCUAGCAACACAAAGCAAAAACAUAAACGAUGAGAACUCUACAUUUAGCUAACAAAUCCAGUCGUUCUGAUGAAAUUACUGUGAAAGAACAUUUUAUAUGAGUUUUCCAUUAUUUCCGAAAUGGAAAAAUUGCAAGCAGAAGAUGCACGGUAUUUGAAAAGGAAAGUGAAAGGGGGGAGUUUGGAUGUCCACCCGACAGAGAAAGCCCUCAUCGUUCAGUAUGAGUUGGAGGCAACUAUCCUCGGUGAGAUGGGAGACCCGAUGGUUGGGGAACGCAAGGAGUGUCAGAAAAUCAUCCGCCUAAAAAGCUUGAACGCCAACACAGACAUUGCCACCCUAGCUCGGAAGGUGGUGGAAGAAUGCAGGCUCAUUCAUCCAUCUAAACUACCCGAGGUGGAGCAAUUGCUCUUCUACCUGCUGAACCGCAAGAAGUCAGAUCUAGCCACGCCCCCUGUCACUCAAGGAGCGCAUUUGAUGUUCCUCAACCAGGAUACACUUGCCUUCAGUCUGCAUGGUCAAUGCAGCACAUGCAACAAUGUUGAUGACAAUAAUGCUGUUUUAAUAUAAAUCCACUAGCGUUCUAUAAUGACACUAUUAGUUUUUGUUUCUUACAUCAGCAAACAGCUAGCUUGCAAGUUACCCUAAAUCUUGAGACGCUAGUUGUUAGCCGCUAAUGCUAAUAGCAUUAUGUACUGAGUAAGAGCAAACAUAGCCAGCUAAUACAGCCUGAUAAUACCAGUGAUGGUGUAGACCAAAAUCAGCAUGUUGUUUGAGCAACAGUAUCUUCUAAAUCAAAGAGGAAUAUGCAAAGCAAGAAUGUUAGCUACAUGAACUAGCUAAGAGAGAACAUGCAAAGUAACCCAAGCUUAUAGGGUCCCCUAGGAAACACUUAUCAACACUUUAGUUCCUACCCUGUCACAAUAACUCCUCCCUGGCAUUUUAAUUUGUUGUCAUCUCAAACUACACUGUAUUCAAAAUGCCCACUAUUAUAUUCUAACUGUAGAAUUACAGUUACAGAAUCCAUGAUUCCAACAGUUUUGCUCUUAUUCGCAAGUCAAAUUGCAAUUGCAACAUUUGGUUAAAAAUAAGUCCUAGAUUAUUUGCCCAUAUCGUGCAGCCCUACGUGGCAGUGUGGAAAUGAUCUCAAUUGAACAGUGGUGUAAAGUACUUAAGUAAAAAUACUUUCAAGUGCUACUUAUGUCAAAAGAAAAUUGUAUCUGUACUUUACUAUUUUUUAUUUUUGACUACUUUUACUUCACUACAUUCCAAAAGAAAAUACUGUACUUUUUACAACACAUUUUUCCUGACACCUAAAAAUACUUGUUACAUAAUGAAUUUUUUGCAGGACAGGAAAAUGGUCCAUUUCACGCACCUGUCAAGAGAACAUCACUGACAAACGAGAGAAACACUCGCCGAGAGACCUCGCACCAUUUGAGGGGAUGGAGCUGGAUGAGGAGGCCAACAUCAACAGGAUAGAUCACUAUGUGGAGCUGCUGUAUGAGGACAUCCCAGAGAAGGUCAGGGGUGCCACCCUCAUCCUCCAUCUCGCCCGCAACCCAGACAACCUGGAGGAGCUCUUGCAGAAUGAGACGGCCCUGGGAGCCCUGGCCAGAGUUCUGCGGGAGGACUGGAAACAGAGCGUUGACCUGGCAACCACCAUUAUCUACGUCUUCUUUUGCUUCUCCAGUUUCUCCCAGUUCCAUGGGCAGGUGACUCACUAUAAGAUCGGAGCCCUCUGUAUGAACAUAAUUGAACACGAGCUGAAGAGGUACGACCUCUGGCAGGACGAACUGCAGAAGAAAGCGGCAGCCUGUGACAAUGACCAUAAGAACCAGAAUGUGAAGAAGGAGCAUGAGAAAGCCUUCAAGAAGUACCAAGGUCUACUGAUCAAGCAGGAGCAGCUUCUACAAGUGGCUCUGCACCUGUUGUUGAACCUUGCUGAGGACACGCGCACGGAGCUGAAGAUGAGGAACAAGAACAUCGUCCACACCCUGGUGAAGACCCUGGACCGGGAAGACGAGGAGCUGCUGGUGCUGGUGGUCUCCUUCCUCAAGAAGCUCAGUAUCUUCCUGGAGAAUAAGAAUGACAUGGCAGAGACAUAUGCUGUGGAGAAACUGGCCAGGCUGCUGCCCUGUAAGCAUGAAGACCUACUGAACACUACGCUGCGCCUGCUCCUCAACCUCUCCUUUGACACAGGCCUUCGCAGCCAGAUGGUCCAGGCUGGACUCAUCCCCAAACUCUCCGCACUGCUAGCUGACGAGAGCCAGAGACAGCUGUGUAUGUGCAUUCUGUACCACAUCAGUGUGGACGACAGAUUCAAGUCCAUGUUUGCCUACACGGACUGCAUACCACAGUUGAUGAAGAUGCUGUUUGAUUGUGGUGAGAGCCCCAUGGACCCUGAGCUCAUCUCCUUCUGCAUCAACCUGGCUGCCAACAAGAGGAAUGCACAGGUCAUCUGUGAAGGUAAUGGUCUGAAGAUGCUGAUGAAGAGGGGUCUGAAGCUAAAGGAUGUUCUGACCAUGAAGAUGAUCAGGAACGUGUCUCAACACGACGGACCCACCAAGAACCUCUUCAUAGACUACGUAGGUGACUUGGCUGCUCAGACGGGAGUGCAGGAGAGGGAAGAGUAUGUGAUUGAGUGUCUGGGGACCUUGGCUAACCUCACCAUCCCUGACCUGGACUGGGAACUGGUGCUGAAGGAGUACAACCUGGUGCCCUUCCUCAAAAACCACCUCAAACCAGGCUCGGCAGAGGAUGACCUGAUCCUAGAGGUGGUAAUCAUGAUAGGGACGGUGUCCAUGGACGACUCCUGUGCUGCCAUGAUGGCCAAGUCUGGCAUCAUCUCUGCCCUCAUCGAGCUGCUCAACUCCCAACAGGAGGACGAUGAGUUUGUGUGUCAGAUCGUCUAUGUGUUCUACCAGAUGGUGUUCCACCAAGCCACCAGGGAUGUCAUCAUUAAGGACACACAGGCUCCCGCCUACCUCAUUGACCUGAUGCACGACAAGAACGCAGAGAUACGCAAAGUCUGUGACAACACACUGGACAUCAUCGCUGAGUAUGAUGAAGAGUGGGGGAGGAAGAUCCAGAGUGAGAAGUUCCGCUGGCACAACUCCCAGUGGUUAGAGAUGGUGGACAACAGAGCCAUGGGAGACGACGGAGAACCAUUCAUGUACGGAGACGACGGGGAACCUUUCAUGCACAACGGAGACAUUCUGGAGAGACCCGACCUCUUCUACAGUGCAGGUACUGAGGGAAGCAGAAACACUCAGCAGCGACUCAACCUCUUCUACAGUGCAGAUGGGAUCAUCCCAGCAGACAGUACCAUCAGCCCAGAGUUCUUCAUAGGCUACCAGAAUGGAGACAUGGGCCAGGCUGGAGGCUUCCCAGGCAGUAUGAAUAUCGAUGUGUUUAGACAGUCGACGGUGACCUCUGGACAGCGCCCCGCCACAGCUUCCGGCUUCCGGCCAGAGCAGUUCUUCUACAGCUAGGCUGGAAUCGGCCUCCAGAUCAAAUUGGGUUCAAUACACCGCACAGACUGACAACAGCUAUCCUCCGUGUAGCUCGCUACGCUAUGCUGUGUAGUGAUGAGCGUAUCAACACUACUACUGUGUGUUUAACAGCUAGUCGCUUCAAGUGCUCUAUUCCAAACUCUAGCAGUGAUGAUGUUGCUGUUUUAUUGAAUGCUAACAUUACAUCUUAAGCUACCCAAACGCUUUUCUGGAAAACAAAUAUUUUUCUAGUUAAGGUCAUAAAAAAUGUCAAUUUGUUUUGAGCUUUAAUUGGAAUAUAUUUGCAUAUAUCUCAAUGUGUUCACUAUAAGUAUGUACCAUAAUACAAGAACACAUACUUAAGACUAAAGUUAACUUAUACAGGAUGAGCGCUGCUUUGUUUCCAUAGGAUGUUUUCCACACAUGACAUUUCCGAAGUAGAGGUGGUUGGUUGGUGUGAGUCUUAUUCUAAUAGUCCAGUGACUGUGACGGUCCUUUUUAUAGGUGACCUCAUUCAUGAGACUGACAGUUUUACUUUGCCUUUGUACAAACAUUCAGUAAUUAUGUUUAAUUAACUGUUUUCUUUUAUAUAAAUUAACAAUUUGUUGUGUUGUCUCUUCAUUGUGCCUGGUGCUCGUCAGAACACAUUUUUCUGUGGUGCAAUAUUUAAAAUAAAAGUGUUGAAAACGGA